AUGGCUAUCGUUCCUCUGCACAAGCCCGAGAUCGUCAAGAAGCGGACCAAGAAGUUCCGUCGCCACCAGUCGGACCGGUACCGCAAGAUCAAGCCAAACUGGCGUAAGCCCAAGGGUAUUGACAACCGAGUGCGAAGGCGCUUCAAGGGCCAGAUUCUUAUGCCCAACAUUGGUUACGGAUCGGCCAAGAAGACCAAGCACAUGCUGCCAAAUGGCUUUCGCAAGGUGCUCGUUCACAACAUCAAGGAAUUGGAAGUCCUAAUGAUGAUGAACCGACGAUACUGCGCGGAGAUCUCCCACGCUGUCUCCUCAAAGAAGCGUAAGGAUAUCGUCGAACGUGCCCGUCAAUUGUCCAUCAAGUUGACCAACGGAAACGCCCGCCUGCGCACUGAAGAAAACGAGUAA